GGCCCAGGCGUGGGAGGUCACGUCCCUUUUUUAAAAUCGAUUUACCCAUCAGGUUUUGGGGUAUAUUGAUUACAUUAUGUGGUUAAAUAAGCGGGAACAGUGUGACACUGGUUUAGUUUCAAGGAGCUCUCUGCACGUCGGCAAAUCCUUAAGUCCUAUUGCGCUUCAGCACAGCAAGUCGACGCCGAGCCCAGGGAGGGGAGCUUGGAGAUUUCGGGCCAUUACGCUUUCGGAGUUUGACUUUCGAAAUGAAAAGAAUGAAAAUGUAUUUCCCACGACAGCGCAUGAAAGGGUUUUUGAGUUAGCAAAAAAUUGUUCGGCAUACUUGUUGAACUUUUUUUGACCGAAAAGCCUCAAGAUGGCGGGCGCUAAAUAAUCCCUGUAAUCAAGCGAUAUCAUAAAGUGAAGAAGGAUCCUGUGUUUUUACCUGUUAAAACAACGUCAUUCUUUCUACAGAUGGCUGUGUUGAUGUGCCUCCUGUCUGUGUUGGUGGCUGUCCCGAUGGUCUUCUGCUACCCAGGCUCUUUUAUGGACCUUGAUGAUGAACACAGUAACAGGACCUCGAUCCGCUUCCUGGCAGUAGGAGACUGGGGAGGACUUCCCAAUCCUCCUUUCUUCACCCCCAUUGAGUCAGCAACUGCAAAGGAGAUGGGUCGCAUUGCUGAGCAGAUGGGUGCUGACUUUGUGUUGGCGCUGGGUGACAACUUCUACUACAAGGGGGUUCGAGAUGUGAACGACCCGAGGUUCAAGGAGACCUUUGCGGAUGUCUUCACAGCACAGUCUCUGAACAUCCCUUGGUAUGUAAUUGCUGGGAACCAUGACCAUGCUGGUAAUGUGAAGGCCCAGAUUCAGUACAGCAGAGUUUCAGAAAGAUGGCGCUUCCCCUACUACUACUACGAGCUGAACUUCCGUGUGCCGCGGACAGACUCCACCAUGACCAUCCUGAUGGUGGACACUGUGCUGCUGUGCGGGAACUCGGAUGACUUUGAAGACCAGAAGCCGCAGGGUCCUGUGAGCGCCGUGGAGGCCAACCGGCAGCUGCAGUGGCUGGAACAGCGUAUGGCCGCUUCCAAGUCUGAUUUUCUGCUGGUGGCUGGCCACUACCCCGUGUGGUCAAUCUCAGAGCAUGGCCCCACAGAAUGCCUGCUGAAGAGACUGCGCCCCCUGCUGAUCAAGUAUAAGGCCACAGCCUACUUCUGUGGCCAUGAUCACAAUCUGCAGUACCUCAAGGAGACCGGUGUGGGUUAUGUGGUCAGUGGGGCUGGCAACUUCAUGGAGGAUGAUACACGUCACCGCAACUGUGUGCCCCAUGGCUCCCUGAAAUUCUUCAGUGGCCAGGAGUCUACCUUGGGUGGCUUUGUGCACGUGGAGGUCACCAAGAAGCAAAUGGUCAUCACCUACAUCCAGGCUAAGGGGUCGUCUCUGUACCGCACAACACUGUCCCGACGGGACCCAGAUGACUCCAACUCAGCUGACAUCUAGCAUGGAAAAGGACAGCAACCGGAAACAAUCGUACAAACAUGCCUGCGCUGAGAGAUGAAAACUUCACAGUCAGUGUGAGAGAGAGAGAGAUGUGAAAAUGCAGUUGGUAAACACUAGCUUUACAGAACUUCCAGUUUAAACCAAUUAAUUUCAAACUUAUGUGAAAGAUUACAUUUUUGGCUAUCAAAUGA